CGUGCGUAACGUGCCCCCGCACCGUGACGCAUGGCACUCGGGCUGGGGCGGAAGCGCGAGGUUGGACGGCGAGGAAGAGGCGGAGUGUGGGCGGAAGUCGCUGUCUGCGGAGAAGAGAAAGGAAAGCGAGACGGGGCGGAGGUUAAGGAGGGGGUUGGAGGUGGAGGGGGUGCCCAGGGAAAGGGACUGUAGCAAAAGGCUGUGAAGGGAGGUGGGAGGGGCUUGCCUCCGCUCUCCGGCUUUCCUCCUCCCUUCUUUCCUGGCUAGGGGACGGAAGUGACGAACCCUCCAAGAAGGUCACUUCCUGCUGGGGUGGAUGAGGAGGAGCCGGAGACGCCGCCGAGGAGACGGGACCGAGACGGACCGCGGAGGAGUGAGUCAGCAGGAGGGAGAAAAUGAAAGCGGGCUGCAGCAUUGUGGAAAAGCCAGAAGGAGGUGGAGGCUACCAGUUCCCUGACUGGGCCUACAAAACGGAGUCAUCCCCAGGCUCCCGGCAGAUCCAGCUGUGGCAUUUCAUCUUGGAGCUACUUCAGAAAGAGGAGUUCCGCCAUGUCAUUGCCUGGCAGCAGGGAGAGUAUGGGGAGUUUGUCAUCAAGGACCCAGAUGAAGUGGCUCGUCUCUGGGGCCGAAGAAAAUGCAAACCCCAGAUGAACUAUGACAAGCUAAGCCGAGCCCUCAGAUACUAUUACAACAAGAGGAUCCUUCAUAAAACAAAAGGCAAAAGGUUUACCUAUAAGUUUAACUUCAACAAGCUGGUGAUGCCCAACUAUCCAUUCAUCAAUAUUCGGCCCAAUGGAGUAGUUCCUCAGAGUGCCCCUCCAGUGCCGACAGCCUCCUCACGGUUCCACUUUCCCCCUCUGGACAGCCAUUCUCCCACCAGUGACGUGCAGCCAGGCCGAUUCUCUACAAGCUCUCUAGCUACUUCUGGGCAAGAAUCUUUGAAUGAUGGCAGUGAACGAAAAGCAGAUAUUUCAGAGUUGGAGGACAGUUCCACUGACUGGCGCAGGGGUGUGGAUCUCAUGACUUCUCGGAAUUCAGUCACUAGUGGAGGAAUUAGCCACCAGAAGCGCAAGCCAGACAUCAUGCUCCCUCUUUUCACUAGGCCUGGGAUGUACCCUGACCCUCACAGUCCUUUUGCUGUUUCUCCACUGCCAGGCCGUGGAAGUGUCCUCAAUGUCCCCAUCUCACCAGCUCUGUCCCUUACUCCAACCCUCUUUUCCUACAGCCCAUCCCCAGGUCUAAGCCCCUUCACUGGUAGCAGCUGCUUCUCCUUUAACCCUGAUGAAAUGAAACACUACCUUCAUUCACAAGCCUGCUCAGUUUUAAACUACCAUCUAAGUCCCCGGACUUUUCCUCGUUAUCCUGGGCUCAUGGUCCCACCCCUGCAGUGCCAAAUGCAUCCAGAGGAGCCAGCCCAAUUUCCCAUUAAGCUCCAGCCACCACCAGCUGGGCGGAAGAACCGAGAAAGAGUAGAGAGCAACGAAGAGUCAGCAGUUACUGUCACUCCAUCCAUGCCCCCUACCCCACCAAGGAUCAAGGUGGAACAACAAACUGCAGACAGAGAGCCUGAGAACCACGAGCAUCCACUAAGAGAAAAGGAAGAGCAUCAGCGAGAGGAGCGCUCUGUGCCCAGUGGGACCAUAGAUGAGGAGGGUGCCUUCUUUGCACGCCCUGCUGUACCCCCAGUCUGGCCCUUGGUCCCCCUCAGCAGUCCAGGUGAAGAGACCCCAGAGUUGAGUGAAGGUUGUGAGGACAGGCCUGGUAAGGAUGCCCUGGCAGUAGUUGAGCCCAAUGCCCCUGAAAAGAAAGAGGAUGCCUUGAUGCCCCCAAAGCUUCGGCUGAAGCGAAGAUGGAAUGGUGAUAGGGAAGCCAGAGAGCUGAGUGAGAGUGGCAAGAUUCAUUGGAAUCUUUCUGGAUCUCCACCCCUCAUUGCUGGACCCAGGGGGGUGGCCACAGCGGCUGCUGCUGAUGCUUAGUAUUGAAAAUUAAUUGGGAGCUGUUUAUACUAUAAUUGAAAACAUGUAUUUAUGUAGCAAGGUUGCAGAGUGGGGGGUGGGGAGGGAGGGAGGGAGGGAAUUAAGCUGGUUUGAUCAUUCUAGGGAAUAGACUUCUUGUAUUUUUAUGUUUUGGGGUAGGGGAGGGGUAUCUUUUCGUUGUAAAUUAGCAGGAUGUGAAAAGCUAAGUUGGGGUUUGGGUUGGGGAGGGUUAAAUGGGGGAGGGAGAGGGAGCCUCUGUCCCCUGGUUAGACUUGGACUUUUGACAAGGAAACUCCCAAAAGACCAAGACACCUUGGUCAUGUUGAUAGUGACUAUUGCGGAUCCCAAACAACUUUGUUUUCUAUUGUAUUUAUAUAGAGAAGUCAUUAAUGAAUUUUCCUCUUUUUGUAUAGAGGAAAACAUACAGAAGGGGGUUGUGGGUGGGAACAAUGAGACCAUUAAUUCUUGCGAUUUAGCCUGGAAAAACUUUUUUCCAUUUUUAAUUAUUUCAAGGGAGGGACAAGAAAUCUCAGUCUUAUUUGGGAGUCAGGUGUGAAUUUUUUUCCUUUUUUAAACAAAGUUUUCAGGAAACCCUGAAAAGUGAAGCCAGAUUAGAGCAGGGCAGAGGGGGCAACAGCAGCAGCUAUGUGAUUGUCAGGAAGCUCUGCCCUCUGGAAGGGCUGCUAGUUUCUUUAGGACUUUUCACCUACUCUACCUAUUAAAGAAGCCAUGAGGAGUUGUAAACUCUCUUUCAGGGAAGAAAGAAGAGGGCAGGAGGAAAGUAACCUGAUGCCUUUAAGAAACAAAAGACAAGAAUUACCCUCAUUUUCCUUUCUAGUUGUGAUUUGAGGGAGUUAAAUCAAAGUAUGAUUGUGAGUUCAACUAGAAGCAUGAUAGCAUUAUUGAAAAUGUCUUUCCAUCAUAUCUGGUUCUCUUAAUAUUUUCUUAAGUCAAGCCUUAACUAUUAAUACACUUUAUAAGAUACGGGUCUGUCAGCACAACCUGUAGAAGGGCACAGACAACUUUUCAAAUAACCCAGGAAUGUUGGGACUUGGUUAGGUUUUCCAGUUGGCAAGUGAGGAUUUAGUUCCUCCUCUCUAUCCUUCCACCCCAAUCUUUGAUAUUUUAUUGGGGUUGGGAGUAGCAGGGUGGUGAGUAGAAUGAUGAGAAGCAAGGACAGAGCUAAAAUUAUCUUCUAAAAUGUAGAAAGUUGACACGGGUGUGAGUAGAUAUGUGGUGAGACUAGAGGAGGUGGAGAGACAGUAAGAAACAUAGAGGGCAAGUAGAAUAAAAGGCCUGGUAGUGAUAAGAAAGUUUCUGUCCCAGUAUAACUAUAAAAUAUUUGCCAUAUGCCCAUUACCCAGGGUAGUUCUGGUUCUCAUUGUGAUUCAUUGAUUAGCCUAGCCUAUAUUCCAAAUUCCAGUGAGAAGUAUGGUAUGUUGGGUUUUGUUGUUUUUGUUUUUGUUUUCACACACACACACACUGGAGAAUAUUUUCAGUGGCUCCUCCAAAGAAAUAAGUCCAUACCCUGCUAAGCCAGGAAAAUGAGGCCUGGAGCAGGAAGCAAAGCAGAUGACUGGAAGGGGAAAUUUAGUAGCUGUGUCGAUUAACUAAAAUUCUACUACUAUGAGAUCAGAAAAACUUGGGACAGAGUUACAGAAAUGGUUAAAGAAGAUGGCAAUAGGGGUCUGAGAAGCCCAGUUCCACACCACUCUUAGCUGUAUAUAGUAUGAUGAUGUGUUUAAGGGUUUUUUUUCUUUUUUAAAAAACCUUUUUAUUAGAGAGUAGCAAAUAUGAGAGGCCAAGAAAAGGGUUGGAGCAAGUGGGUGUGUGGAUUUUAAGAUUUCCAGAAGUGGCUUAGAUUAAUGUCAGCAUCUUGAUUCAUCUCCCAGUGAGCCAUCUUGAUUUUAUAUGCACCCAGAUAACUGAAUCAAGAUCAGUAAGUGACUUGAACUUUCCCACUCCUCAGGAAGGAGCCUUGAUCAAAGAGGCCCUGGCCAGGCUGCAAGGGGACCCUUGUUCUUGGCAAUGACAUCCCAUAGGUUGCCUUUGGUACCUUUUGUGGGUUUUUUCUUCUCUUAGCACCUUGACUUACCUCUGAAUUUGGAAAGCAUGCUUAGGACUAGGGAAAGGGGGCAAAAUAUUGGAGGCUGUCUGGCCAUCCCCCUUUCCCAUAUCCACAUCCCCGAGAGAGGGCCACCAGGUGUCGGUAUGAACUCAGGAAUAGAUAACACGAGGCCUUUUAAAAAAAAUCCAUAAUGCAUAUCUUUAACCCCCUAGAACCCAAGUGCCAGAAUUCCUAGAUGCUGCUUCUGUUUCAACAAAAAUUCACUGAUUUCACACUUGAAAAACACACUCAAAAAAAAAUGUUCAACUCCAUGAAAAUUGUUGUUUGGCUUUAUAAAUAUGUUUGGUGUUUAAUCUGUUUUCUAUGAUCACCAUUCCGCUGGUUAGUUUCUUGAUUGCACUGCGUGCUGGGAUUAGGAAGGUCCCUUUUUCAGAGCCAAACUUGGGCUUACUCAGGUUGUCAGGCAAUGCUGAAGUCACUGAUGUUAGAAGUGGUCCUCAGGAAGGUGGUGUUUGGUGCUAGGGCUGGAGGGGACUUUGAACCUCCUUUUCCUAACCUCUUUGCAGCACUUCAGCCCUAACCUGUUAUAAGCCGGACUCCUCCCAGCCAGGGAUGUGACAUCAAUGUCUAGCAGCAGCAGGUGGAGGAGGGAGAAAUGAAAACAAGGGUGUUUUUUGUUUGUUUGUUACUUUAUAAUUUUUUCCAAAUUCCAUUGUGCCAAAUGUUUAAACUUUGACAAGUUUAAAUCUGUUGACAUUUCAACAUCCACCUGUAUUAACAAAUCAAGAGUAUGUUCUUGUGAGCAAUUGGCUUUUAUAGCCUUAGGAAAAAACCUGUAGAGAAGAGACUUAAUGGCAUCCAUCCUCAUAAAAUAGCUCACUGUUUUUUGGUUGUUGUUAAGAGGGUUAGGGGUGAAAUAUAGAUACUUCACCAAGGCCCACUCCGCCCUCAUCUCCAUCCUAUUAACACACAGAGUUACCAUACCUUAGUUUCAUCUUCAGUGGGCCAAGAAAAACCUAAGAAGCAUUAACAAAAACCAUAGCCAAGGUUUCACUUCUCACCCGGCAGGUGGAGUCCAAUGGCUGGUUAUCCCUUUUUUUUAUUUAUUCCAUAAUGGCUUUUCUUGUUUUGUUCUGUUCUUUUUAUAAGCAAGAAUAACUUUAACUUUUGUCUUACCAAUUCUACAUAGUGUUUAUUUUGAUUUUUAUCUUUUUGGUUUAAAAAGAAAACAUUUUAAUCUGAUUGUUUUAAAAACUGUUCUGGUUUUAGUUUCUUUUUUGAAAAAAAAGAAAACUACCAAUUGAAAAUUGUUUUGACCUUUAGGUAUAUUCUUUUAAGUUGAUUAGAAUUGUGAUGCAGGGAUUUGUGAAUGGGAUGUUCACUUUCGGAAGGUGACUUGGUUAGGUGUAUCCACUUAAGCAGAAUAAAUUGUGUAUAUGUACAUAAAAAUGUAAGUAAUCUUAACUCCAUUGUGCAGUGCCUUUUAGAUGUUCCACUUUCUAUAAAGUCUUCAAAAUUUUGCAUAUAUAUAUUAUAUAUAUAUGAUGUAAUGUUAUAGAAAUAUAUGUAUAAUAUACAUAUUUUUUUCCAGGGGUAUCUGAUAGCUCUGUAUUUUGUUAUGGAAGUUGAAAGAAAAAAGUAUUUUACCUCAGAAAUUAAAAAGUUAAAUAAAAUACUUUUAAAUAAUG